GACACCCGUCACAAUCAAAAUCUCGAAAGUAAUAUCCAUCCUGAAGGAAAGAAAAUUUGGAACAGCAGAAAGAAUGGAAGAGAUGAAACAAAUAUUAUCAAACAAAAUCGAUAUAUCACAAAUUAAACCUGGCGAUCACAUCUAUUCUUGGCGUACCGCUUGGCUCUACGCCCAUCACGGAAUAUAUGCUGGCGAUGAUAAGGUGAUCCAUUUCACUCGGGGUGGGGGUCAAGAGAUUGGUACAGGAACAGUGUUAGACCGUAUUAUUUUUAGCACAUCGCCCUCUAAUUCCGGAGAUCCUUGCUUGAAAUGCGGUGAUCAGUCAAAUUCUGAUGGUGUCAUUGCUUCAUGUUUAAACUGUUUUCUGUCUGGCGGCGAUCUUUAUCUAUUCAAAUAUUCAGUCUCUCCAGCCAUCUUUCUUGCCAAAGCUCGAGGCGGAACAUGCACUCUUGCUCUUUCUGACCCUCCUGAGGAUGUUCUUCAUCGUGCUCAAUUUCUCCUUGAAAAAGGCUUUGGAGUAUACAAUAUUUUCAAGAACAAUUGUGAGGAUUUCGCAAUCUACUGUAAGACAGGCUUGCUCGUGUUCACAACUAUUAGUGUUGGUCGAAGUGGGCAGGCGGCAACCUUUUUAGCUGCUACUAGUGCUAUUAUUUCAUCUCCACUUCGUUUUUUGACCGCUAGUGUUCCAGGCUUGGCAGUUGUGGGAUGUGGUAUAUAUUGUAUAAGCAGGCUUGUUUCUGACAUGGGAAUUCGUCGUGAUGUUAUUAAAAUCUCAGUUGAGAGACUUGUUGGUAGCACAACAUUAAGUGAAUCUCAAGCUCUGGAACCUGAAGCUUUGAUUGAAUCGGCCAUGGAGCCUGAAGCUUGUGUCAAGAAACCUGAAGAAACUCAAGCUUUGAUUCCCAAAGACACCCAAGUUCCAGUUGAGCGGCUGGAGGAGUCUCAAGCCUUGGUUGAGGAGCCCAAGGCGGAUCAAGCUCUUGUUGCCACUGGUAAGGGAGAAUGAUAGCGUGGGAUAAAAGUUGCGUCAUGCAAAUGGAAAGACAGCCAUUAGUAUCAUGAUGACUACUAUCGUUGUAAUGAUUUGUUGUCAUUUACUUGCCGAUCUUUAAAAACAAAGGGCACUAUAUUUUCAGACUAGGACUGUUGAUUGAAAACCGCCAUUAGGCAUGUUUGUAAUAUUAGUUGGUAAUGUAAAGCUACUCUUGAUGACAUUAUUACCUUGUAUGGGAGUGCUAGUUUGAUUUUGUAUAA